GUCAUUGGUAAUGAGCACCCAGACGCACUGGGAAUCGUAAACAAUAUAGCGCGAUCUUUACGCGAUCAGGGGAAGCACGUAGAGGCGGAGAAGAUGCACCGAGAGAUAUCUGCACUACGAGAAAAGAUAUUUGGAGAGGAGCACCCUGACAUGAUGACGAGCAAUGCGGCAGGGGUGCUAAAAAAUCAGGGGAAAUAUACGAAGACGGAGAAGAUGCAUCACGAGGCGUUGGCAUUGCAAGAGAAGAUGCUAAGAAAUGAGCAUCCAUAG